AACUUACCAUCUUCGCUAACUACUAUCUUCCACACACCCAACCAUGCGACGACGUUUAACUGCACUGCCCAUCCUCCUCUCCCUGCUCUCCCGAUUCAUCCUCAUCGUCCAUUCACAUGGCUUCCAAACUAACCUGAUCCAUAAAUCCCGUCUCCAAAUCCGGCCGGGAUCACCGUUUAAGAUGGCGCUGUUCGCCGACCUGCAUUUUGGAGAGGACGCCUGGACAGACUGGGGCCCGCGCCAGGAUAUAAAUUCAGUUAAAGUCAUGUCUACCGUCCUCGAUCAAGAACUCCCAGACUUUGUAGUUUAUCUUGGAGAUGUCAUCACGGCCAACAAUAUCCCCAUUAAAAAUGCUAGCUUGUAUUGGGACCAGGCAAUCUCUCCUACAAGAGCCAGGGGUAUUCCAUGGGCUAGUGUGUUUGGUAACCAUGAUGAUAUGCCAUUUGAGUGGCCAAUGGAAUGGUUUUCAACCUCUGGAGUCCCUCCACUCCUAUGUCCACAAAAUAAUAAUGUCUCAUACCGGACAGGUUGGCUUCUAGCUACUUCAGAAAGUGAAUAUUGCAGCUUCAGGGGAACAACACGUUUGGAGCUGAUGAAAAAUGAAGUGGAGCAUAACACCCUAUCAUACUCUAUAAGUGGUCCCAAGGAUUUGUGGCCUAGUGUAUCCAACUAUGUUCUUAAACUUGUAUCGUCGUCCUCGAGUGACCCUGUAGCAUAUAUGUACUUCCUAGACUCUGGUGGUGGUUCAUACCCAGAGAUUGUCUCAUACGCUCAGGCUCAAUGGUUCAACCGCACAUCUCAACAGGUUAACCCCGAUGCAAGGGUUCCCGAGCUAAUAUUUUGGCACAUACCUAGUCAAGAGUAUAAGCACGCGGCUCCAAAGUUUGUUCUGGACAAGAAUUGCGUGGGUUCAAUGUUCACCGAGAAAGUUGCUGCUCAGGAAGCUGAAAUGGGGAUUAUGGAGCUCCUUCAAGGAAGAUCUUCUGUGAUGGCUGUGUUUGUUGGGCAUAACCAUGGACUGGACUGGUGCUGUCCUCACAAGAACCUGUGGCUGUGCUAUGCUCGUCAUACCGGCUAUGGUGGAUAUGGGAAUUGGGCUAGAGGGGCUAGGAUUCUGGAGAUAAGCCAGCAGCCUUUCUCUCUAAAAUCUUGGAUUCGGAUGGAAAAUGGCAGUGUACAUAGUGAAGUUGUCUUGAGCUCUUCAUGAUUAUUCAUCCUCUCUUGACAUAAGAGGAAAGGCUUUUUACAUCUACAGCACUUGAAAUAUAUUUGUAAUUUGUUGUAUCAAACCAUUAAACUCAAUCAACAUCUUAGACAGGGAUGAUUACUGUGUA